GUUCAGGUUACACAACACAGCGGUGAAGCAGACUCGCCCGGACUUACCUGGAGCUGGAUCUGUGCCAUAACACUCAGCCAAAAUGAAAAUCGCUUCUUUUAACAUUCAGAAGUUUGGCCGUAACAAAGCAUCUGACCCAAACAUCAUCAGGAUCCUGGCAAAGAUUGUGUCUCGUUACGACAUAAUCCUGAUCCUGGAGGUGGUGGAUAGAAGCGGAAACUCCAUCAAAACUCUGCUAAAAGCUCUCAACAAUGCAAACAGGAAACAUCACUACAGCCUCCAGAUCAGCAGCAGACUGGGACGGUCCCGCUACAAGGAGCAGUUCAUGUUCCUCUACAGGGAUGACUUGGUGGAUUUGGUGGCCACAUAUCAGUUUGAGGACAGCAAAACUUUGAACCAUGAUGUAUUUGCUCGAGACCCCUACAUCCUGAGGUUCAAAUGUCCCACAUCAGAGCUGCAGGAUUUGGUUCUCAUCCCAGUUCACACGACUCCAGAGGAAUCUGACGUUGAACUGGACAAACUUUACGAGGUGUUUAUGGACGUCAAGAAAAAAUGGAAAACUGAUAACAUAAUGAUUCUUGGGGACUUCAACGCUGACGGUUCGUACGUUUCUAAAAAAGAAAUGAAGACGAUCCGUAUCCGUAGCGACAAGAACUUCCACUGGCUCAUCUCAGACGACCAGGACACUACAGCCAGCAAUAAAAACACAAACACAGCCUCUAGAAUUGUUGUCUAUGGUGAUGACAUGUUCCAGGCUGUUGUUCCAGGAUCGGCCAAACCAUUCAACUUUCAGAAAGCCUACGGACUCUCUGACGAACUGGCCUUAGACGUGAGUGACCAUUAUCCUGUCGAGGUCACACUCAAGUCCAAAAUCCCAGACGACGAGGAGGUGGAGUUGGAUGAGGCCCAGCUGUUGCGUGCUCUAGAGCCCACUAUGUGCUCAGUGAUGGUGGAUGAAGAGAUCCUGGCUCUGCAGAAGGGAAACCUGCUCCUGGAGAGAGAAAAACUCAACCUGGAGAUCCAAAUGCUCAAGUUGCAGAUGGAGAAACUCAAAUGACGAUGUUAAACUCAGUUAAUUAAAUAGAAGAAGAGACUGAUCCAGGGACAAAUGAGGACAAAGCAAGGACCAACAAAACUAAAAUAGGACUAAAUCAGGAUUAAACUAAGUCUGACUAAACCAAGACUAAUCCAGGACUGAACCAGGACUAAACUAUGACUAAAUUAGGGUGAAAACCGGACUGAAUCAGGUCUAAACCAGGACUGAGACAAGAUUAAGCUAGGACCAACUUCUGGUGUCUUUUUAAAAACCUACAAACCUCACACUAAACUUACCUCUGCUAAUAUUAAGUGCUCAAUUACUGUAAGUGAUUUAUUCAUGUACUCUUAUUUACUCAUCCAUGUAUUAUUUUCAAUUAAUCCUUUUGAUAAUAAAAUAUAUAUCAUACUUU